CCGGCACCGGCACCGCGGCCUCGGGCCGCCCCUCCGCUCCCUCCGGCGGAGCUGCCUGCCCGGGCCCCGCUCAGCCCUGGGCCCCGCUCGGCCCCUGUCCCAGAGACAGCGGUGAGCGGGCCUCCGUGCAGCGGGACAUCGCGCGGCCGGAGCUCAGCCCCGGCCCGGGAGGUGCAGCCCCGGCCCGGGAGGUGCAGCCCGGCCCGGUGUUCGUGCCCAGGGCUCCCGGGCCGCGUCAGAGCGAGUGUGGCGGGCUCGUUUUGUUGCCCGCAGCUGGAUUUCCUUCAGCCCUUCCCAAUGGAGCGGUGUGGUGCGAGGAGAGAGAGCCGCGAUGGAGCUGGAGGGAUAGCGAGGAACUUCCAGUGCUGGAGGGAAGACUGGUACAAGGCUUGACUUCUUUCUUUCUCUCCUUUUUCUCUCUAAUGAUUGCAGCGAGCGCUCGCAGCACGGCCCUUUGUCACUUCCCGGGAAAACUCCAAAAGCAAAGCCCUUGUUCCGCUGCCAGCAUCCUCCGUUACCCGCGGUGAAACCCAGAGUGCAGCCCCACAGACCUUUCCUAAUGCGAUGGGGACGAUGCCGUGAGGCCUGGUAAGGCUCGGCCAUAGCCAUGACAGAGCCCCACAGGGUGUCGUUCACCACUCUGCACGGGCCCCUGAGCAGCAGCUUCCUCAAGAGGUCUCGGAAGGACGAGGCAGAGCAGCCCCCGGAGGCGGAGCCGGCGGCCACGGCCGUGCGCAUCACUCUGACCCUCUUCGAGCCCGACCACAAACGCUGCCCCGAGUUCUUCUACCCCGAUCUCCUCAAGAGCUGUCGGGGGAAAGUAAAAGGGAGUUCUUCAGGUGACAAGAAGAAAGACCCAGCUGAUCCCUUCAACGAUGAGGAAAAGGAAAGGCAUAAAGUGGAGGCUCUUGCUAGGAAGUUUGAAGAAAAAUAUGGUGGCAAGAGGCGCAGGAAGGACCGGAUCCAGGAUUUGAUUGAUAUGGGCUAUGGCUAUGAUGAGUCCGACUCCUUCAUCGACAACUCGGAAGCUUAUGAUGAGCUGGUUCCUGCCUCUCUCACCACCAAGUAUGGAGGGUUCUACAUCAACUCAGGAACACUGCAGUUCCGGCAGGCCUCUGAGUCUGAGGAUGACUAUGUCAAAGAGAAGAAGAAGAAGUGUCCCAAGAAGCGGAAGUUGAAAGAUGGGGGUGAAAAAAUAAAGAAGAAGAAGAAGGAUGAUUCUUAUGACAAGGAAAAGAAAUCAAAGAAGUCCAAGUUUCCAAAAGCUGGCUUCACAGCAUUAAAUGCAAGUAAGGAGAAGAAGAAGAAGAAAUACUCUGGAGCUCUCAGUGUCAAGGAGAUGCUGAAGAAGUUCCAGAAGGAGAAGGAUGCUCAGAAGAAAAAAGACGAAGAGCAGAAAGCGGCGACCCCUUCUCCAGCAGACCCUGCAGCCCCAAGGGAGGCAGAGGCCAUGGCUGACCCUCUGCUGUCCCUCUUUGGCCACGCCAGUGACAGUGACCUGCUCCAGGCAGCCUCAGCCAUGGAGUCCCUGAGCGAGCUGGACCUGGAGCGGCUCCUCAGCGAGUCCCCCGAGGGCAGCCCCUGCCCUGAGCUGGAGGAUGGCAGCGACCCUGCCUUGGAGCAGGAGUUCAAGCAGCCACCAUCCCUCCCAGAGGGGCUGCCAGCCGCCCUGGAGAAAAGGAUCAAGGAACUGGCUCAGGCUGCCAGAGCUGCUGAGGGAGAAGGCAAGCAGAGAUUCUUCACUCAGGACAUCAACAACAUCAUACUGGACAUCGAGCUGCAGACGCGGGAGCUCAGCAGCCAGGUGCGCUCGGGGGUCUACGCCCACCUGGCCGCCUUCUUCCCCUGCAGCAAGGACACGCUCCUGAAGAGAGCCCGCAGGCUCUACCUCUACGAGCAGGGUGGGCGCCUGAAGGAGCCUCUGCAGAAGCUGAAGGAAGCCAUUGGAAGGGCCAUGCCAGAGCAGGUGGCCAAGUACCAGGAGGAAUGCCAAGCCCAUACUCAGGCCAAGUUUGCCAAGAUGCUGGAAGAGGAAAAAGACAAAGAACAGCGAGUUUGUUCUGAUGAUGAUGAGGAUGAAGAAAAGGGAGGGAAGCGUGUCGCGGGCCCGCGGAAGAAAUUCCAGUGGAAUGAUGAAAUCAGGGAGCUGCUUUGCCACUUGGUGAAGAUUAAAUUGGAUGGUUAUGACCUUGACAAGAAUAAGGCUCAGUCUCUAGAGGAUUAUGUGAAGACCUUCCUAGAAGGAGAGGUGAAGCCCCUUUGGCCAAAAGGCUGGAUGCAGGCCAGGACACUGUUUAAGGAGAGCAGGCGUGUACACGGACACCUCACAUCAGUCCUGGCGAAGAAGAAAGUUAUAGCUCCUACCAAGGUGAAAGUGAAGGACUCUUCCUGCAAGCCAGACAAGAAGCUGUCGGUGUCUGUCCCUUCCCUGCACUCGAGCAGCACCUUGGCCAUGUCCUCAGAACCCCAGGGAGGAGCCCUGGGCAUCAGUGCCCAAACCAGGGAGCUCUUGUCCCUUGGGACAGCCCAAGCUGCCAGCAGCACUGCCACUCCUGCCACCUUCAAGGAUGAUUCCUUGGAUGAGGACUUGAUUCACAACCCCACCUCCUCCCUGGAAGCUGUGUCCAAGGAACUGGCUGUGCUGAACAGCAGGGCAGCAGGGAGCCCUGACUUUACUCUUCCUGCAGCUCCAAAAGCUCCACCAGAGAAGAUCCCAGCUCUUGCAUCCUCAGAGGAGAAGAGGACAUUUCCAAAGCCCAACCCUUCCCCUACAUCAUCCUCUGGUUCCCUCCAGUCUCCUCUAAACUUCCUUGCUGAGCAGGCCCUGGCGUUGGGCCAGUCUUCUCAAGACAAGAAGACAGAGAACUCUAAUUACAAAGAGCAUUCCUGCCAAGCCUCCCCCAGCAAAAUCCUUCCUGAUGCCCACCAGGCUAAACAGAAGCACCACAGCCUGGUCAGGCCAGGCCACGGGCCCCCGGCCUCGGCGCCGGUGCCGGGCGCUCAGGUGAAGGUGUUCCACCCUGGUGCUCAGCUCCAGAAAACCUUCACCUCCCCAGCUCCCUUUGUCAAACUGCAGAAUCCCAAAUCCUCCACCCCCCUGCCCCAGCGCUCCCUCCUCCAGCAGGUCAAGUCAUCAACCAAAGCUCAGAGCUUCCAUUCCUCCACGACCCCAGGCAGCACCCAGAACUCCAGCAGCUCCCACAAGAGCCAAGGCUUGUCCUCAUCCUCUCUCAGCUACGCCGGGAAGCACUCGAGUGGCUCUGGCUCUUCAGGACAAUCUUACAAAUCCCCUUUUGUCGCUGGCUCCCUCUCCAAGCACGGGGCUUCUUCCAGCAGCUCCUCUGGAGCUCCUGCCAACCAGGGCAGCUCCUCUGGGACUUUGCUCCCCGGCGUGGCGGCCCCGUCCCCAGGCUCGGCCUCCGGCCGCCCGGCCUCCAGCUCCUCAGUGAAGAAACCUCCCGUGGCCCAGAAGCUGACCCUGGUGGCACCUCCUGGAGGCUCCAACGGAGAUUCCAGCGGGGGCACCCAGGGCGUGGCCAAGUUGCUGACCUCGUCCCUAAAGCCAGCUGUGGUCAGCAGCACCGCAGCCUCUACCUCUGUCCCGAAAGGAACUAGUGGAGCUGUGCUGCUAACAAGCUCUUCCUCCUUAAGUGUACUGGCUCCAUCCUACAAGUCCAACAACCCAAAGCUGCCAGCUGCCCUGAGCUCCACCCCGUUAGGUAUUAUCUCUCCUAUUCAUUCUUUCCCUCUCCAUGUCAUCUCCUUCAGUUCCGACUCCUCCCCAAAAGCAGGAGUUUCCAAGGAUGCAAUAGUUACAGGACCUGCUCCAGGAACUUUCCACCACGGCCUCGGGCACAGUCUUCUGGCUGGUUUGCACUCCAGCCCCCACCACGCAGCGCCACUCCCACACUCUGCCCUGGCCACUCACUUACCACAGAGUUUGCCAGAUGCUUCUCAGCUUCACGGCAAAGGGUCCAAUGCACAGCAGCGCAAGUUGUGACGCCUGCAAGGAGGGGAGCUCCAGCACCCAUAGGAUAAAACCCAGAGGAACAGGUCAUGGACUUUGGAUACCAGCUGUGUCUUUUGAUUUCUUUUUUUUUCUUUUUUUUUUUUUUCCUAUUUCUUUUUUUUAUGACAACUGGAGAGACUGAACUGCAACAAGGAACUCAUUGGGGUGUCUGCUCAGAGGCUUUCAGAGCUGAGCCCCACACAUGGGGCCACCUGGAGCCAUGCCCUGAUGAGAGGAGCCUUUUGUAGCACUGUUUAUUGCUGCUGCCCUUCCUGCAUUCCCUGGCACUGGCAGGAGCUGGAACUCACAGGGAGGCUGGGGUGGUCCUGCAGUGGAUUCCCACCCACCUGUGUCUGUAGCUGCCAAGUACCUCCAAGUCCAGUUACCUCCUUGGUCUCCCUGUGGAGGGUAUGAAAGGUGCUUCUUUCUUCUGCUUUGGAUUUACUUGGAUAAUUCUAGCACUGCCAGUGCUUUCUUGAAGACAUUUGAGUAACUUUCCAAUUGUACUAUAAAACUGUGCUACACUUAAUUGGAGGAUUUAACAUUUCCUGUGUGGUGAAUCUAAGGAACCACCUGAUGUUCCCCUCUGGAGGAGAAGGAAGACUCUUUAGAGACUAAAGACAUUUUUAGAUGCAGUCAUCGACUUUUAGAAUUCUACUUCUUUUGAGUUUUUGGAUUUUUUUUCCCUCCAAAGGGAUGCUUUUUUCCUGCUCAGUUUUAUCCUCAUUGCCAUCGAAUGCAUUGGAUUGAAUGGGACACCUCUUAGCAUGUCACAUGGAUGGGAAGACAUAAUUCCAGUGCCUUUUAUGGUGGAGCAAGAAUGGACUAGUGACACACAUUUCAGCCCUAUUUUGUGUGCUCCUCAACCCUUUUUUAAUCAUUCUGUAUUUAAAAUGUAUUCUGGUUUAUUUAAUAGAGCUUUUUAUGGUUGCACAUCAGAAGAAAAAAAAAAAAAGCUGCACUGUCUGGACUUCAGUGGUGACCUGGUGACUGAGCACAGUCCCAAAUCCAGCAGGAGCACCAGUUCUCAUCCCAGUAUGUGCAGGCGGGUUCCAGGCCCUCCCCUAAAGCCAUUCUUUCCUAGGGUUGUGAGUUAGGAUCAAUUUGGUGGGCAGAGGGAAUGAGUGAGAUGAACCAAGGUCACGACCUGUCCAAUGAAUUCCAGAGAAAAACACCUCAAAGGUACCUGCACCAGGAUCAUGUGCUCAGCACAGCUGCAGGAACAGGGACCAUCUACAGUCUGGGGGUGUCUUUUCUUCUUCAUUUUUUUAACUUUUGAGCUAAAUACUCCCCCUGUGCACCCCCUUUGGGGCUAAGGGCAGGCUGAGGCUCCACCUGAGCUUUCUGAGGUUUGGUUUCCUGCUCUGCCCAGUCUGUCUUGUCUCAGGCCCCCCCAGCCACGUCCCAGUUGUGCAGGGGUAGUGCUGAUCCAUGUCGAAUUUGCUGGUAUUCCAAGGAAAAGCUUGCAGCUUCCUCCUUGAGCUUUGGGGCAGGAUGCUGACCCCAGGAUAGCAGCAAAUGUCUGCUUUAGUUUGCUCUGGUUUUUGUUAAGAUCUGAGAAUGUCUGUUUUCAAUUUGAGCUGAUGCAUUCACUGCCCAAGAUCGGUGAGUUGAUUGUAUUUCAAAUUAAUGGAUACAGCUCAGAUUUCAAGUCUGUUUACAGAAAAUACCUAGGUUGUAGCAGAAGAGCCAAAGACAGAACUGGUGUGGGUCAAAGGAAGCACAGCAUUUCUGGUGGACUCUGAGCAGUGGAUGUCGUGUGGUUCCUGUUGAAGGCCUCAUCCUGAGGGGUGCUUGGCACCUUCACCUUCCCCUGGGAGCUGAAAGCUUGGGACACCUGGCAGGAUAGGGGCUCUCAGUGAGUGACUCCAGGUACUGGUUCUCCUCCCUCUCUUUGCUUUCACUUGAAUGCUUCUGCUGGGAAGCCCCCGUGUGCAGAAUCCCUCCUUCUAGGAAUUUAGCGAAGCCUCUUGCCUCAGGGAAACGUUUAUGUGGUGGAAAUUCUGUGGGAUAUUUUUUCUUUACAUGCUAUAAUGAAUGAGUGAGUGGUGUGGAGCAGAGUGGCAGCAAGGCAGGCCCAUGCAGAGCAGCUGAUGGGGAGCCAGGCUGGCACCUCUGCCUUGGGGAGGCAACUGGCAGCGCUUCCAGGAUGGAAUGGGGAGGGAUAGGCUCCCAUGGCACUUACCUGGGGAUGGCAGUUCCUUUUGGGUGUAAGAGCUGCAGUUUACUAUUCUAUUUUUUUUUAUGUGUGUUGGCACUGUCUUGCUGAAGAUGGUGGGGGUGGUAUGAAAAAUGUUAAUCUUGUACAGAACAACUCAAUAAAUUGUUUCAAACUUUCCAAAA